UGAGAUAGUGAGAUUACGUGUCCUGCUAUUUCUCUGCGCCGUGAAGAUGAAGGUUCAUCUAAGAGCUCCAUCCACUCUGCGCUGCUGCUUCUACCCAUUUCCACGAUUUCACAAUAAUCACAUUAAUUAUCUCCGUAAUUACAAUUAUGCAGCCCUCAACUACCUUCCUCCUCCCAGACCCUUCGUCCCGCUCAUCUCUCCUCGUCUGCCUCCUCUCACCAUGGCUGCUUCUACUAAUAUUCCAACUCAGAGUGUGAGUGAUGCUGGCGAUGAGGUGAAUGUUUUCCAGUUAAUUCAAGUUCAUCAGGAAAAAGCUGCAAGGCUGCCUCCUAUAGAGGAAGUUAGGACUGUUCUCGGUUACAGUCUGCGUGGAGUGCUCUCCACUUUCUCCCAGAAACAUGAAGGAUAUCCAUCAGGUUCCAUGGUUGAUUUUGCAUGUGAUGCCUACGGAUCUCCAAUAUUAGCAACCAGCAGCUUGGCAGUUCAUUCAAAGGAUCUCUUAGCUAAUCCCAAAUGCUCAUUGCUUGUGGCAAAAGAUCCUGAGGAUAGGACUGAUUUAGUCAUAAUUGUGCAUGGUGAUGCUGUUCCUGUGUCUGAGACAGAUAAAGAUGCUGUUCGUGCUGCAUACUUGGCCAGGCAUCCUGACGCAUUUUGGGUUGACUUUGGAGAUUUCCAGUUCCUUAGAAUUGAACCCAAGGUUGUGCGAUAUUUAUCAGGUGUUGCAACGGCUUUAUUGGGAUCAGGAGAGUUCAGCAAAGAGGAAUUCAGAGCUGCAAAAAUAGAUCCAAUAUACCAAUUCUCUAAGCCAAUCUCGUCCCACAUGAAUGAAGACCACACAGAAGAUACCAAACUAAUUGUGCAGCACUCAACAUCUGUUCCAGUGGAGUUUGCUUACAUACUGGAUGUGGACAGUCUUGGAUUUAAUGUUAAGGCUGGGUAUCAAGGGAGCACUUUCAAGCUCCGGGUUCCUUUUCCUAGACAAGCAGUAGAUAGAAAGGAUGUAAAGAUGCUGAUUGUCGAAAUGCUUCAGGCUGCAAGGACUUAAGGUGUUCGAAUGUUUGAUUCAACACAUCAGCAUUUCUGUCUUCCAGUUUACAACAUCUGAUAUAUGAUAGUAAAAUAUGGUGUAUUACUCCUUUAUUGACAUUUGUAAUCCUAUCUUGUGUUUAUUGAACUGAUACAGAAUUGCACAAAGCUUGUAAAAGAUUUUCUCAGAAUAGGAAUGGAAAAUUUGCAGAAUGAGUGGAUGGAGUUUUAGGUGCU